GCGGUGGGGGUGCUGUCUUCGCGGGGGGCUGCUGCUCCCUCGCCGGCCCCCGGGACUCCAUGGCUGGAUUGUGGAUCGCUGCACCCGCCGCUUGCAGGUUGUUGAGCUGCUGAUGGGACGAUCGCGGGCACCGGCGGUUCCGGAAGAAAUGUUUAACUUGAUAAAUUGGAGGAAAAAAACAUGGAAUUUUAGCAACUGAGGAACAAAUUAAGGUUUCAGAUUUGGGACACUGGUGUUUAUUUUGAGGACUUUUUCUUUCUCUUCCUGAGACUUUUAUAUUUUUUUAAGUCAUUGGUCUUGGAGUAUAGAAGAGAAGCCAGAACUAUUUUGUUUCACAUUUGAAACACUCAUUGUUGAGGAAUUCACAGCCCAUUGCACAGACAUGCGGCCGACCCAGCUCCUGAUCUUCACGAUGCUCUUGGCGCCACUCGUUCACGGUGGCAAGCACAAUGAGAGACAUCCAUCCCUCGCUGCUUCAUUGCGACACCCUGAACACAGUCCAGGAGGCGCGCUACCUCCCAGACAUCUCCUCCAGCAGCCAGCCGCAGAGCGAGCCACGCCUCAUCGCGGACCAGGGCCCCGUGGAGCUGCCAGAGGAGUUCGUGGUCCAGGUUCUUCGCAAGGAGCACAGAUUUCAGCCCAAGCCUUCAGCCGAGCCCCAAUUCCCAUGGCCGUGGUCCGCAGAGAGCUGUCCUGUGAGAGUUACCCCAUAGAGCUCCGCUGUCCAGGAACAGAUGUUAUCAUGAUUGAAAGUGCCAACUACGGGAGGACUGACGACAAAAUCUGUGACUCCGACCCUGCUCAGAUGGAGAACAUCCGAUGUUACCUACCAGAUGCCUAUAAGAUUAUGUCUCAAAGAUGCAAUAACAGAACCCAGUGUGCUGUGGUGGCUGGCCCUGAUGUGUUCCCAGACCCAUGCCCGGGAACCUAUAAGUACCUUGAAGUGCAGUACGAAUGCGUCCCUUAUAAAGUGGAACAAAAAGUUUUUCUUUGUCCCGGACUACUAAAAGGCGUGUACCAGAGUGAACAUCUGUUUGAGUCUGACCACCAAUCUGGGGCAUGGUGUAAAGACCCUCUGCAGGCUUCUGAUAAGAUUUAUUAUAUGCCCUGGACCCCAUACAGAACUGACACCCUGACUGAGUAUUCAUCCAAAGAUGACUUCAUUGCUGGAAGACCGACCACUACUUACAAGCUUCCUCAUCGGGUGGAUGGCACGGGGUUUGUAGUGUACGAUGGAGCCCUGUUCUUCAAUAAAGAGCGCACCAGGAACAUAGUCAAGUUUGAUUUGCGGACUAGGAUAAAGAGUGGAGAGGCUAUCAUUGCCAAUGCCAACUACCAUGACACCUCCCCUUACCGAUGGGGAGGCAAAUCGGACAUCGACUUAGCUGUGGAUGAAAAUGGGCUCUGGGUUAUCUAUGCAACAGAACAAAACAAUGGUAAAAUUGUCAUUAGUCAACUGAACCCUUACACCCUGCGGAUUGAAGGGACGUGGGAUACUGCGUAUGAUAAAAGGUCAGCUUCUAAUGCGUUUAUGAUCUGUGGGAUUCUGUAUGUGGUCAAGUCUGUAUAUGAGGAUGAUGACAAUGAAGCCACUGGGAACAAGAUUGACUAUAUUUACAACACUGACCAAAGCAAGGACAGUCUGGUGGAUGUACCCUUUCCCAACUCCUACCAGUACAUAGCAGCCGUGGAUUACAAUCCCAGGGACAAUUUACUCUAUGUAUGGAAUAACUAUCAUGUCGUGAAAUAUUCCUUGGAUUUUGGACCUUUGGAUAGCAGAUCAGGACAGACGCAUCAUGGACAAGUUUCUUACAUCUCUCCACCAAUUCACCUGGACUCUGAGCUAGAAAGACCUCCUGUGAGAGGAAUGUCUACCACAGGCCCUCUUGGCAUGGGAAGUACAACCACCAGUACUACACUUCGGACCACAACCUGGAGUGCAGGACGAAGCACCACCCCCUCCGUGCCAGGAAGGAGAAACCGGAGCACAAGCACCCCAUCUCCAGCUGUGGAGAUUCUUGAUGAGGUCACUACACACAUGCCCUCAGCACCCUCCCAAAUCCCAGCACAGGAAGACAGCUGUGAGGCUGUGGAAGCCCGGGAAAUCCUGUGGUUUAAGACGCGUCAAGGACAAAUAGCAAAGCAGCCGUGCCCAGCAGGAACAAUAGGUGUGUCGACGUACCUCUGCCUUGCUCCAGAUGGAAUCUGGGAUCCACAGGGACCAGACCUCAGCAACUGUUCUUCUCCUUGGGUCAAUCACAUAACACAGAAGUUGAAAUCUGGAGAAACAGCUGCCAACAUUGCCAGAGAGCUGGCUGAACAGACGAGAAAUCAUCUGAAUGCAGGGGACAUCACCUACUCAGUCCGGGCCAUGGACCAGCUGGUCGGCCUCCUAGAUGUCCAGCUGAGGAACUUGACUCCAGGUGGCAAGGACAGUGCUGCGCGGAGCCUGAACAAGCUUCAGAAAAGAGAGCGCUCUUGCAGAGCCUAUGUCCAGGCCAUGGUAGAGACAGUUAACAAUCUCCUUCAGCCACAAGCGCUGAAUGCUUGGAAAGACUUGACUACAAGUGAUCAACUCCGUGCAGCUACCAUGUUGCUGGACACUGUGGAGGAGAGUGCUUUCGUGCUGGCUGAUAACCUUUUGAAGACUGACAUUGUCAGAGAGAACACAGACAAUAUCCAAUUGGAAGUUGCAAGGCUGAGUACAGAAGGAAACUUAGAAGACCUGAAAUUUCCAGAAAACCUGGGCCAUGGAAGCACCAUCCAGCUUUCUGCAAAUACACUGAAACAAAAUGGACGGAAUGGAGAGAUCAGAGUAGCCUUUGUCUUAUAUAACAACUUGGGUCCUUAUUUGUCCACGGAGAAUGCCAGUAUGAAGUUGGGAAUGGAAGCGAUGUCCACAAAUCAUUCUGUCAUCGUCAAUUCCCCUGUUAUUACAGCAGCAAUAAACAAAGAGUUCAGUAAUAAAGUUUAUUUGGCUGAUCCUGUGGUGUUUACGGUUAAACAUAUCAAGCAGUCAGAAGAAAAUUUCAACCCUAACUGUUCAUUUUGGAGCUAUUCCAAGCGUACAAUGACAGGCUAUUGGUCCACACAAGGCUGUCGACUCUUGACAACAAAUAAGACACAUACUACAUGUUCCUGUAAUCACCUAACCAAUUUUGCAGUACUCAUGGCACAUGUGGAAGUUAAGCACAGUGACGCUGUCCACGACCUUCUCCUGGAUGUGAUCACGUGGGUUGGCAUUCUGCUGUCUCUUGUGUGUCUCCUGAUUUGCAUCUUCACCUUCUGCUUCUUCCGUGGCCUCCAGAGUGACCGUAACACCAUCCACAAGAACCUUUGCAUCAGCCUCUUCGUAGCCGAGCUGCUCUUCCUCAUCGGGAUCAAUCGGACUGACCAACCAAUUGCCUGUGCUGUUUUUGCUGCCCUCUUACAUUUCUUCUUCCUGGCUGCCUUCACCUGGAUGUUCCUGGAGGGAGUUCAGCUGUACAUCAUGCUGGUGGAGGUUUUUGAGAGCGAGCACUCACGGAGGAAGUACUUUUAUCUGGUGGGCUACGGCAUGCCUGCUCUCAUUGUGGCCGUGGCCGCCGCUGUGGACUACAGAAGUUAUGGAACAGACAAAGUAUGUUGGCUCAGACUUGACACCUACUUCAUUUGGAGUUUUAUAGGACCAGCGACCUUGAUAAUUAUGCUUAAUGUAAUCUUCCUUGGGAUUGCUUUAUAUAAAAUGUUUCAUCACACUGCCAUACUGAAACCUGAAUCAGGCUGCCUCGAUAAUAUCAAGUCGUGGGUUAUAGGUGCAAUAGCUCUGCUCUGCCUGUUGGGAUUGACAUGGGCCUUUGGACUCAUGUAUAUUAAUGAAAGCACAGUCAUCAUGGCAUAUCUCUUCACCAUUUUCAAUUCUCUACAGGGAAUGUUUAUAUUCAUUUUCCAUUGUGUCCUACAGAAGAAGGUACGAAAAGAGUAUGGGAAAUGCCUACGCACACAUUGCUGUAGUGGUAAAAGUACAGAGAGCUCCAUUGGCUCAGGGAAAACUUCUGGCUCUCGAACUCCUGGACGCUACUCCACAGGCUCACAGAGCCGAAUCCGUAGAAUGUGGAAUGACACGGUUCGAAAGCAAUCAGAGUCCUCCUUUAUUACUGGGGAUAUCAACAGUUCAGCCUCACUCAACAGAGGAGUCAUGGCUAAUCAUCUUAUAAGCAAUGCUCUGCUUCGUCCGCAUGGUACUAACAAUCCCUAUAAUACAUUGCUUGGGGAACCGGCGGUCUGUAACAACCCUUCUGUCAGCAUGUACAACACACAAGAGGGGCUUCUGAACAAUGCCAGGGAUACAAGUGUCAUGGAUACUCUACCACUGAAUGGUAACCAUGGCAACAGUUACAGCAUCGCCAGCGGCGAAUACCUGAGCAACUGUGUGCAAAUAAUAGACCGUGGCUAUACCCACAACGAGACGGCCCUAGAGAAAAAGAUCCUGAAGGAACUCACUUCCAACUACAUCCCUUCCUACCUGAACAACCACGAGCGCUCCAGCGAGCAAAACCGCAACCUGAUGAACAAGCUGGUGAAUAACCUCGGCAGUGGAAGUGAAGAUGACGCCAUUGUCCUGGAUGAUGCCACGUCCUUCAACCACGAGGAAAGCCUGGGCCUGGAACUCAUUCAUGAAGAAUCCGAUGCUCCUUUGCUGCCCCCACGAGUGUACUCCACAGAGAACCACCAGCCGCACCACUACACCCGAAGGAGGAUCCCCCAAGACCACAGUGAGAGCUUUUUCCCUCUGCUGACCAACGAGCACACGGAAGAUCUCCAGUCACCCCACAGGGACUCUCUCUACACCAGCCUGCCAGCUCUGGCUGCUGGGCCCAACGCGGAGAGUGUGACCACCAGCACCCAGACCGAAACCCCCGCGGCCAAAGGUGGGGAGGCCGAAGACGUUUACUACAAAAGCAUGCCAAACCUAGGCUCCAGAAACCACGUCCAUCAGCUGCACACCUACUACCAGCUAGGGCGAGGCAGCAGCGACGGAUUCAUAGUUCCUCCCAACAAGGAUGGAACCUCUCCAGAGGGAAGUUCCAAAGGACCUGCCCAUCUGGUCACCAGUCUCUAGAAGAUGACCCGCGGGAGAUGGAAAACCCCCCAGGAAACUGCUCACGACACCUGCGGACUGUGCCGCCUUCACCGAAGCGCUGGCGACUGUGUGCGCUCCGCAAUCUCUAUGCUCUUCUCGAAAGACAAACACAAACUCUCUGACUUGAUGAGUUUCUUU